UUGUCUAAUACGCUUAAUCGUUUACGACCAUCCCUUAACAACAACAACGUUUCUUUUCUUAAUAAAUCUCCGUAAUAAAAUACGAACAAAAAAAGAUUUUAAUAGAGGAAUAGAAAAAUGGCCGCAACUGAAAGUCCCAAGUUUUUUGACAUAUAUGAAUUAAAAGAAGAACUUGGAAAAGGUGCUUUUAGCAUUGUUAAAAGAUGCAUUCACAAAGAAAAUCGCAUGGAGUUUGCAGCAAAAAUUUUCAAUACAAAGAAACUAUCAACUAGAGAUUUACAAAAACUUGAAAGAGAAGCUAAAAUUUGUCGGAUGUUAAAACAUCCUAAUAUUGUUCGCCUUCAUGCAAGUAUUCCAGAAGAUGGUGUUCAUUAUCUUGUCUUUGAUCUAGUUACUGGUGGUGAACUUUUUGAAGACAUUGUUGCCAGAGAAUACUAUAGCGAAUCAGAUGCAAGUCAUGUAAUUCAACAAAUCCUAGAGAGUGUUUUACAUUGCCAUCAAAAUAAUAUAGUGCAUCGAGAUCUCAAGCCUGAAAAUUUAUUGCUUGCAAGUAAAGAAAAAGGUGCUGCUGUUAAACUAGCUGAUUUUGGACUAGCUGUUGAAUGUGACAAUAAAAAUGUUUGGCAUGGUUUCGCUGGUACACCUGGAUAUCUUUCUCCUGAAGUUCUUAGAAGGGAACCUUAUGGAAAGCCUGUUGAUAUAUGGGCGUGUGGUGUCAUUCUUUAUAUUCUAUUGGUUGGUUAUCCUCCCUUCUGGGAUGAAGAUCAACAUCGCCUUUAUGCACAAAUAAAAGCUGCAGCUUAUGAUUAUCCAUCUCCUGAGUGGGAUACAGUUACUAAGGAGGCAAAGGAACUUAUAGAUUCAAUGCUGACAUUAGAUGUUAAAAAACGAGUUACUGCAGCUGAGGCAUUAAAACAUCCAUGGAUUUCAGACAGACACGCCUGUGCAUCAACGUUCCACAGACAAGAAACUAUUAACGGAUUGAAGCGUUUCAAUGCUCGUAGAAAACUGAAGGGUGCUUUUCUUACCAGCUUAAUUGUAUCAGCUGGCGCAAAAGUGCUAAGUACUACGGGUAAUGAAUCGAAAGUGAUAUCAACACCAAUAAGAAGUGGCACUGUCAUUGAAAAAAAAGCUGUGAAAAUUGCCGAAGUUGUGGAUGAAGCCAAAGAAAAAGCUCUUGCUGAUAAACAAAGAAAGGCAUCUGAUGAUGAAGUUAUAAUUGAUGAUGAUGACCAAAGAAUUUCCAAAGAACAAGAAAUUGUUAAGCUUACACAAAAAUUAAUUAGUAGCAUUACAAUGGGAGACUAUGAAACAUAUUCUAAACUUUGUGAUGACAAAAUGACGUGUUUUGAACCUCUUUGCAAAGGAAAUUUGGUUGAAGGUCUAGACUUUCACAAAUUUUACUUUGAAAACUUAAAGAAUGCUGCCUCUUCUGUGAAUACUACCAUUCUUGCUCCACAUGUCAUACUUCUUUCAGAUGAGUCUGCUUGUAUUAGUUAUAUUCGACUGACACAAAAGAUUGAUAGUAACCAACAACCGUUAACAGAGCAGACGGAAGAGAGCAGGAUUUGGCAACGAAAAGGAAGUCGUUGGGUAUGUGUUCAUGUGCAUAUUAGUCGAAACGGUUCUGUUAGGUAAACCUAUGAAAUUGGUUUUUGAGGUUUGGAAAUCUUGCGCUUUUUGGUACACUAAAGUUUUAUUUUUUGCUUUAGUGAUACCAUAAUCAUGAGAACAAUGUUUCUCUAUUUUUAUUUUGAGCUAAUUUUAUUACAUUCGUACAUCAUUUUUUUAAUUUUUUUAUAUAUAUAUAUAUACAUAAUUUAUUUAGUAAUUGACAUAUUUUUCAAAUUGAAUUAGCUUUAGUCCACUUAUGAUAGCAAUUUUAUUAUUUCUCCUUCAUUUAUUAUUCCUCCUAACGGUAUUGUUUAUGUGCCUGAUCCUCCGUCAUUUUUUUAAACGUUAUUUUUUUUAUGUAUGUGUUCAUUUCCUUAUCAUUUGUAGUUUUGUAAACGAUUUUGCGGUAAAAUUCGACAUCAUGAUCAAUUAUAUCUUUUACUAUAGCGUGAUUUAUUUAUUUUUUUGUCAUAUUUUACGGAAACGCGGUGUAUUUAUUUAACGAAGAAAGUUUUUCAACGUAUUAUUAUACAUUGAAAUAUAAUUUCUACAAAUGCUCAUUA